UUUUUAUUAUUAUUUUUGGACGGGGAAGGAUUGAGUAGAAGAAAUCGUUCAGUGAAGGGAACCCAGUGAUUUGCUCCCCGUUGAGGAGAAGAUCCGAUUCCAGCUGCAGGCAGAGGAUCGUGGUUCGUUAGUCGCGAUGAAGGAAAAAUCCAAGAACGCGGCAAAGACUAGACGGGAAAAAGAAAAUGGAGAAUUCUACGAACUGGCCAAACUCCUGCCCCUGCCCUCGGCCAUCACCUCCCAGCUGGACAAGGCGUCCAUCAUCCGCCUCACCACCAGCUACCUGAAAAUGCGAGCCGUCUUCCCCGAAGGUCUGGGCGACGCCUGGGGACAGCCGAGCAGGAUAGGGCCCUUGGAUAACGUGGCCAAGGAGCUCGGAUCUCAUUUGCUUCAGACUUUGGAUGGCUUUGUUUUCGUGGUAGCAUCAGAUGGCAAAAUAAUGUACAUCUCAGAAACAGCAUCUGUACAUCUUGGCUUAUCUCAGGUGGAGCUUACUGGUAAUAGCAUUUAUGAGUACAUACAUCCUUCCGAUCAUGAUGAGAUGACAGCUGUUCUUACUGCUCACCAACCUCUUCAUCCUCACCUCUUACAAGAAUAUGAAAUUGAGAGAUCAUUUUUCCUGAGAAUGAAGUGUGUCCUAGCCAAGAGGAAUGCAGGAUUGACAUGCAGUGGCUACAAGGUGAUCCAUUGCAGUGGCUAUUUGAAGAUACGGCAGUAUACGCUAGAUAUGUCUUUGUAUGAUUCCUGUUACCAAAUCGUUGGACUGGUGGCUGUAGGUCAAUCUUUACCUCCCAGUGCAAUCACUGAGAUCAAACUUCACAGUAAUAUGUUUAUGUUCAGAGCAAGUUUGGACUUAAAAUUAAUAUUCCUAGAUUCCAGGGUGACUGAAUUAACUGGGUAUGAACCCCAAGAUCUGAUAGAAAAAACCCUCUACCACCAUGUUCAUGGAUGUGAUGUGUUCCAUUUACGAUAUGCUCAUCAUCUGCUGUUGGUGAAAGGCCAAGUCACAACCAAGUACUAUCGACUACUGUCCAAGCAUGGAGGCUGGGUUUGGGUACAGAGCUACGCUACGAUUGUGCAUAACAGCCGUUCAUCACGGCCUCACUGCAUAGUGAGUGUCAAUUAUGUCCUUACAGAUAUUGAGUAUAAGGAACUUCAGUUGUCACUGGACCAGGUUACGAUUUCUAAGUCACAGUUUUCAUGCAGAAACUCAGUAUCUACCUCGCAGGAAACAAGGAAAAUAGUAAAACCCAAAAGUAAUAAAAUGAAGGCAAAACUCAGAACAACGCCUUACCCACAACAGCAAUACAGCUCAUUCCAAACAGACAAACUGGAAUGCAGCCAGGUGGGAAACUGGCGAUCCAGCCCUGCAGUGAAUGCUGCCACCAUUCAAGAACAAAACUUCCAUUCAGAAAACAGUGAACUUUUAUAUGCCCCGUCAUAUAGCUUGCCUUUCUCUUACCAUUAUGGACACUUCCCUGUAGAUUCUCAUGUCUUCAGUAGCAAAAAGCAAAUGCUGCCUUCAAAGUUUGGGCAGUCUCAAGGAGCACCUUGUGAAGUGGCUCGAUUUUUCUUGAGUACACUGCAGACAAAUGGAGAAUGCCAGUGGCAUUAUGCCAACUCCUUGGUACCCAACAGCCAGUCACCAUCCAAAAAUCUUCCUGAUCAGCCAGUGAACAUCAUCCGACAUAAUCUUGCACAGAGUUAUGAAGUGCCCAUAUCAAACAGAAGAUACAGCCAAGAUGCUCUGUCUGACAACUUUACCAGCUGCACAGCACCCAUGCCAGGCAGCAGAUACAAAGAAGAGAUUUAUGAUUCCGGCAUCAUGAAACCCAACAAGAUAGAAAACAGGAUUCAGCCACCUCACCACCUCAUUAAAGAAGAAAACAAGCUAGCUUUUAACAGAGACCUACAAGAGAAAAUGAGCAUUAAUGAAAGUUCUUUUUCAAACUCAAUAGCUAACUCCUUGCUGCCAAAAUCAGAAUGUUUCCAGACUAAAGCUAUAGGACAAUUAAGUCAUCUCCUGCCAAUGCCCUCAGUAUAUGAGCAAACAAGAAGGAUUUGUAUGAAAGAACCCAAAUAUGGGCAUAUUAGUCACCAUGCUACAAAUCUAGAUGAACCGGACAGCGAUGAGAGAAUGACUGUAAAGCUUGAUCAUGACUCUGAAAGCGAACGUGUGAUGGAUGUGAGACCCUCUGGACAAGUUCCAUUUGUGCUUCUAAAUUAUCACCAUGUUUUAGCCAAACACGGUACAUUUCAAACUUCAUCAUGUACAGCGACAGGACAUGUAGGAGAAAAUUAUGCAUACAAUUCCGAGGAAGUAAAUACAUUUAUUUACAAAAACCAAAGCCCCUCAUCAGCUUCUUCUCCAGAAACCCACAAGGAAUCUGCACUUCCCCAUUAUAUUGGAACUUCUGUAAUAAUAGCCAAUGGAAGGUGACGGUAAUAGAGGAGUAUUUACAUUUAAUUAAGAAGCCAAACUGUAAUGAUUUGCAAAAAGCAUGAGAAAACAUGGUUACAUUUAGUGAGCAUAGCUGAAGGUCAAUGAGGGGCAGACUCGUGUGUUCCUGGCAAGCCACGUGUAACAGUACCUUCAAGGUCAGGAAAAAACCCUACAUCUAGCUUCAGUGCUUCGUUGUCACAGAUUAAGCUCUGGUGCCAGUGAGAAGACAUGUUACAGAUCUUAUUUUUGUUAUUUUAUAGUGUGCAACAAAAUUAAAUGAUAGGUGUUAUAUGCAGAGAUUUAUAUGAAGAACAUUUUUUUUUUCCUUAAUCCCUCAUCCUCAAAAUACAUUCAAGAUUUUUUUAUCAUUAUCACGAACUAUACACUCUAGUUUAGCUAUUUUUGACAAGCUGUGUGAAACCUUACAUCAACUCUCCACCCACAUGUUAAACAUCUCGACAAAUGAACUUUGUUUAAAAAGAGUGGUGAUUUUUUAGUAUCCAUAAUAUGGCUGUGCUAACCAAACAGAACUCAGUUUGGAAAAAGCUUAUUUAUUAAUUAUCCAAAAGUUUUCAAACUAAAUAAAUCAAACCUAAAUUUGAUUUAUUUAACAUAGAUUUCAGUGUUCUGAGGUUGUUACCACCACCAUCUAUCUUGACAAGGAACUAUAUGACAAAUUAAUACAUACAAAUAUACGUAUUAAAGGGUUACAGGUCUUGUCAUGGCAAAUUGGGACAAAUCACAUAGCAGAAACUAAAGACUAUUCCCCAUGAAAAUGUUGUAGAAAAAGAAAUUGGUAAGAAGAGGUGUGUUUCACUGAGUGUUCCAGGAGAAGGCUGUGCAGAUUUUCAAACCACCUAGUCAAAAAUACAUCUUAAUAAUAGCACCAGAAAUCUUUUCUUUAUAGUCAAGGGAAUAAUGAACAUUUAUGCUUUAUUUUAAACUUGCCAGUAGCCUUCUGAAGUUUGAAAGGUUCAGCUUUUAACACGCUGAACUUCCUUAAGCAUAAAUCUCACUGUCAACACAAAGGAAAGAUUAAUAUUUGACUGAUUCCUGCACUUCAGAAAUAACGUCAGUGGACAAUCCGAACACGGAAAGUCGAAAGUCACUGCGCAACCACAAAAGCCAAAGUUGCACUUGAAGUAAAGCAGAGUUUGAGGACAUCGGGGUUUGGAAGGGAACGCUUUGCACACAAUCUCGAUUUGUGCUAACAAACUGUAGCAAGCAAAAAGCAUACAGCACACAUUUACAUUCUGUCCAGCCUGUUAGGAAUAGAUUUCCUCCUCUUUUUUUUUACUUCUUCGUAAAGUUUACAGAUGAGGAGACAUAUGGAUCUGUGUGGGUUUAAUUGACAACCAUGAGUCUACUUUGGUUUUCAACCACUUCCCCAAACAUUGUGUGCUAUCGAUAGAACGACGAAAAACAGCUGUAAAUACCAACAAUAAAGGUUGUUGUAGAGCUGAGUCAGCUGUACUUAGCCCUCUCUUAGCCCAAUUCAAGGGUACUUUUUACAUUUUUAAAACUUCCUCUCUCUUAUCAGAAUCUCUCUAGAGAGCCCUUCGCUAAAGCAAAUGCUUACCUGGCUUGUGCAAGAUGGAAAAAUACUUGCUCAUGGGUUGCACCUUCUCAGAUAAAAACGUAACGAAAUACACACUUCUAAAAAUUACACGUUCUCCAUCUUUUAUAUGCAGCAAUACUAGUCAGUCAUCUCCUUGUAUGUAUGAAUAUUUAUUGCUAUGAGUACACAAAACCACUUUGAAAACAUAUGUUUGAAAACAAUUUUCAGCAUUUUUAUUGCUUCCCAUUAAAAGGCUAACAGAAGGCUUUAUUACGAAGUUAAACUGUUGUUCACUUGGAAGUUCAGUUGUCUGACUUAUUCAUUUGCUAAAAAAGCAUGAAAAAUAUCUUUCGUGAUAAAUACAACAAAAAAUAUCUCAUCGGUCAGUCCCAGCAUACCGACUUAAAAAAAGGAAAGCAGAGCCAAACCAGCAUAUUCACCCACCCAGUGUACCUG